UGCAUAGUAAUACAUUUAAAGUCUCAAUCGGGUACAUGUCCAGAAUGCUCAGUAUCGUUAUCAACAAAAGAAAUUCGAGAUUUAAACGAUUCCUGGGAAAAAGCUCCAUUCAGAAUUGAUAUUGAAAAUAUUUCACAAAUUACGAGUUCAAGCAGUAGUGAAUCAAAUGAAGUUAAUGUAAAUGCAGGAACAGCAACAGGGAAUAUCUAUAUUGUUUUAUUAAACGGAGAAAAACUUACGUUUCAACUUGAGAAUAUUAAAACAGUUCUUAGUUUGAGAGAAGCAAUAAAACAUAAAACGAAUGUUGAAAUUUCAAAACAAAAGUUGAUUCAUAAAGGCAAAGAAUUAAAUAAUUACAAUACAGGAAGAGUGCAUAAAUAUCUAAGCGAAUAUGGCAUAGUCGCCGAUAGUCACAUUCAACUUAUAGUGCUCCUUUGUUCAAUUUCCAAAGAACUUUCUAUUCAAAAUUUAACAUUCGAUCUGUAUUGGGGUUAUCCAGCCGGUGGAUGUGAUUACCUUGACGGCACGUGUAUGCUUUAUGCCAAGAAUACGCAUUGGAGAAAUUUUGAUUAUCAAUCCACCAAUUAUAUGGACGUUCCAAAUAUGGCACAUUCCGGAGACAUUAUGGAUCAUGUCAAUCGAAGAGGUCAUCAUCGUAUAACGGCAAAUCUUUCGGACCUUCCACCGAGUAUUACAAAAUUAUACUUUAUUUUGUCAGCAUGGAAUUCACCAAGCAUUGGUCACUUUCCUAAUCCAAGCUUCAAAAUGUAUGAUACAACUACACCUCACAUAAAUUUAUGUAAUUAUACAAUUAAAACAGCCAGUCAUUCGCAAGCAGUCAUAAUGUGUUGUGUAGGUAAAAAUACAGCUGACAAUACAUGGGCAGUUUAUGAG